AUGGCCCCAUCACCAAAAUACCUCACAGGUGACUCAGCCGCCAUCAACGAGUUCAUCGACCGUUUCGAUGUUUUUCUCCUGGACUGCGAUGGCGUACUCUGGUCUGGCGACCACCUCUUUGAGGGCAUCGUGGAGACACUGGAGAUGCUGAGAUCCAGAGGGAAGAAGGUGGUCUUCGUUACCAACAACUCGACCAAAUCUCGUCCGGAUUAUCAAAAGAAGCUCACUUCCAUGGGGAUUCCUAGUGAUGUAGAGGAGAUAUUCGCCUCUGCCUACUCGUCCGCUAUCUACAUAUCCCGGAUUCUCAAGCUCCCUGAGGGCAAGAACAAGGUUUUCGUGAUUGGUGAGAGCGGUAUCGAGUCUGAGCUGCGGACCGAGAACAUUCCCUUCAUUGGCGGCACUGACCCGGCGCUGAGACGGGACAUAACCCCUGAGGACUACGGCAAGAUCGCAGAUGGGUCGUUGCUUGACCCAGAGGUUGGCGUUGUACUCGCCGGGCUCGACUUUCACAUCAACUACCUCAAGCUGUCUCUUGGGUACCAGUACCUGCAACGGGGCGCAAAGUUCCUCGCCACCAACCUGGACAGCACGCUUCCCAACAGCCACACCUUCUUCCCUGGCGCGGGCUCCAUCGUCAUCCCCCUGACAAACAUGUCUGGGCAACAGCCGGUUUCCCUAGGCAAGCCCAGCCAGGCGAUGAUGGAUGCGAUCGAGGGCAAGUUCCAGCUCGACCGGGCCCGGACGUGUAUGGUUGGAGAUCGGAUGAACACUGAUAUCCAGUUCGGCGUCGAGGGCGGCCUCGGGGGUACGCUGGCCGUCCUGACGGGCGUCAGCAAAAAGUCGGAUUGGGAGGCCGAGGACGCGAAGGUCGUGCCGGCCUACUACGUCGACAAGCUCAGUGAUCUCCGAGCCGCUAAGUCAUAG